CGCGCUGAUGGCGGCGGGGCUGGCGGAGGGUCACACCGAGGAGGGAGAGCAAGAAGGAGGGGAACGGGAGAACCGGCGGUACCGAUCACCGACACACCGACACACGAACAACAUCCAGGCCGACGGAGAGAGCAGCUAGACCGGCGCGCUGACACCGAGCAGCCCGGUAACGGACAGAUGGAGCAGGACGGAUCUUUUAUUGGCCUUCAUCCCGUCUCGCUCCUCCACUGUCUUCAGCCUCUCCAGUAUUCAUAGUAUGAAUCUUCAGUAGUUGAGGUGUUAGCUGUUUGAUAAAUCACAGUAAGGAGGCUAACAGUUCUCUUGUUGGUGCUAACUGACCUAACACCGUAGCCUUAGCUCCUGAACCUCUUAGUAUGACUGUUGGGGGGGCAUCUGGGGGUCGACCAUAUUGAAACUGCCAGGCUAGCCGUUGUUUUACUGUGAAAUCCAACAAACAAAACAAAACAUUUCACCUGGUCUGAAAAUGUAGAUUUGUUUGAGGCUAUUUCUGGUGAGAAGCUAACAAGCUAGCACGUUUUAAUUCAAUCCAAACCAAACACAGAAAUUCAACUAAAACAUAAAAACCUAUAAAAAUGUAGUUGGUUCCCUCCAAGGGUUAAGUGUUUAGCAGCUAACAGCUUGUUAGCUGCUAGUGGCUAGAAGUAACAGGUAGCGGUGGCGCAGGGCUAGCUGCGGGCAUUGCAGGGGCGCGAUGGAGUACCACUCCGGUGGCAGCCUGCCCCUGCUGGGGAGACCGCGGUACUGCCCAGGGGCCAACGCUAAUGGAGGGUACCUGUGUGAGACGGGACACUGCUGUGGAGAGACCGGCUGCUGCACCUACUACUACGAACUCUGGUGGUUCUGGCUGCUGUGGACGGUCCUCAUCCUGUUCAGCUGUUGCUGUGCAUACCGACACCGACGAGCCAAACUGAGGGUUCAGCAGCAGCAGAGACAACGAGAGAUCAGCCUGCUGGCCUACCACGGAGCCAACUCCUAUCCCUCCUCCAUGCUGGACCUGAGUUUUCUGGCGUCUCUGAAGCUGCCUUCCUAUGAGGAGGUGGCUGCACAACCCUCCACCCCUCCUCCACCCUACAGCUCAGUGUUUACCACCCCACGUUACCCACAGCCACCCCGCACCUCCGACCCCCACCUGCUCACGCAGCACGGUCCGCUGCUACACCAGACGCUCAGCGAUGGUCCAUCUUCUUUCAGCUCCGACAACAGCUCCAGUUGUUCUUGUGACUCCUGCUGCCCCUCCUCACCUUGUAGCUCCUCCCUUUCUGCACCUGUCACAUAUGAGACUGACACCAGCCACGCCACAACCCCUAGCGAGGCGGCACCCCUCACUCUUGAUGUCACCAUGGAGACUAUUGCUGCGGCGGCAAACCGUUUGGAGGUAAAUCGGACACGAUUUGAGUCUGAGAGGACUGCUACCACUGUGGACAUUGACAUGGGCGAUGAAGUUUCUUCUGGGGCACAGGAAUCUAUCGCCACGGACUCAUCAGUUCCCAACCAGACUGUUACCGUGGCGCUUGUUAACAAAGCAGUCCCCCCUCAUCCUCUGCCCUCUCCUGGAGCAGAGGUGGCUCUUCCAGUUGAAACUUCAUCUCCUCUAAAGCUAGACCUAGCACCCUGUCCCCCAACAGUAAGCAAAUGUAGCUCAAGUACACUCCCUAGUCCAAGCGUUGACACAACUCUCACCUCCAACCAAACAAUAAGCAUUGUGAACCUGACUAACUGCCUUCAAACAAGUCAUUCACCUAUAACCACCUCAAUGACAGAUUGCUCAACCCCAACAGCUUGCAAUUCUGACAUCUCUUCAGUCACCCAAACCCUCAAAACCCUUGAUCUGACAAGAACUUUUGAUACAGCCAAUAUUCCAAGUAGCCCAACAUCAGUACCAUCCCCAGAUUUUGAAAGAAUGUUAGCCGCCAUGGCAGUUUCUCCUGGUCUCUCAAUUGAAGACCCAAAUCCUAGCUUUGUGCCAAUCCCAGCAUCUCCAAACUUUACACAAGCUAAAGCUCCUGAACCUUCCAACCAUACCCAACCUUCAAGCCCAGUUCCCAGACACCACAUCCAAGCUUCAGGCCCAAUGUCUGCAAUCCUUACCCAAGCCCCUGAUUCAGUACCUUCACAUUUGAUUACAGAUCCAGACCCAUUAACUUCAAACCUUUCAGAAGUACCAGUCCCAAUAAUCACAAACCUUACCCAAAAGUCGGUCCCAGUAACUACAAACCUUAGGCAAGCAACAGAUGCAAUACCUACAAACUUCACCCAGGAUACAAAUCUAGUACCAACAAUACAUGCCCCCCCUUCAAACCAAGUACUAACAGCUGUUACCCAAGCGUCAGACAAAGUACCUUCAAAACCUUCCCUAGUGCCAAAUAUCCAACUUAAAAUCCCAAAAGUCCUAGACUGUGAACCUAACCCCAUUCUAGCUCCAAAUCAUGCACAGCCAAACCCUAUCCUAGCCACAGAUGCAGCUCCAACUUCUCUUUCAUUAACCCAUAACCAGAUUUCAGAACCGUCCCAUGGGUCAGAUCAAGUUUUGGGUAUCACAAGAUUAAGGUCAAACUUGCCCCAGCACCCAGGACCUGUUGCUGUUCUUGUGUCUUGUCAAGAUCAAACCACAGUGCCAGCCAAUUCAGGCCCUUCUCUAGUCCUGCCUCUUUCGUCAGGGUCAGACCUCAUCUGUCACUCACCAUUAAGCGUCCAGACUGGUUUAAGGACUGGAACUGGAUCAUGUGGGUCUGAUGUUGGUUCAAUAUCAAGCCCACUCUCCACUCAUUCUCCAGUUCUCAGCUUUACAACACAAGCAGCCUCUUCUUCCUCCUGCCCAGCCAUAACCAUAGAAGCUGAUGUUUCUUUUGCUCCCUGUCAGUCUCCCCCAACAGUCCUUUACCCAUCUUCACCCUCACCCCCAUCACUCCCCUCGCCUCCUUGCCUCCCCUCUGCUUUGUGUCCUACCUCCCCCCCAGCCCCAGCCUUACUCCUGGACCCCCUCACUGCUCUGCACCAGUCAAACAAAGGUGGAUCUUCCUCUGGCCAUGCCUCAUCCCUCUCCCCCUCGCCACGUGCUACUCAGUCCCCUCCCAAACAGACUCUGUUUUCCCCCUGUGUGGACAUCUUUGAACCAGAACCCAGCUGGGAAGAUGGGGAGGAGGACCAGGAUCAGAAGGACAAUGAUGAUGAAGAUGAGGAUAUUGGAGCAGAUGAGAGCCAGUAUAGACAUCGGCGACUUACAGGUGACUCUGGGAUUGAGGUGUGCCGGUGUCGGAUGGAGGAUGAGGAAGAGGAAGAAGAGGAGAAGGGGGAAGGGAUGGAGGAUGACAGCAGAGGUGGAGUUGAGAGAGAUAAAAAAGGAGGUGGAAACACUGAUCUCCAUGACAGUGUGGACUGCCCUGCCAGAAGUCAAAUAACCACAGAAGAAGGUUUACUUUGUAACUCAACCUCCACCACCACAUCAACAUCUGAGGACUGUGGCAAAGCUGUUGUUGUCAUGGAGACAGUAUGAUUUAAUGACGUAGACGGAUCAAACGAUUUGUUGCCCAAACGCUGGAAGAACUAAAUUGAAUGUAAGAUUCCACCUAUCGACACCGUUUUAUGAAAUGUUCUGAAAACUUGGGAAGUUUUGAACACAGAUGAUGGAAACGAGUUAGUUCACGUCGAUAAAUGUUGGUUGUUCAGCAUUUGUUAUUCAAGUGACUUGCCAUAGAUGUUUAAAUGUUUUAUUAGGAACAAAUAUAGCAGGUCAGCAUUAGUCUUUAAAAAAUUCUUUCUUCAACAGGAAGUAGGAAUUUAAGUCAGCUGUUGUUUGUAAGGUUUUUUCUAGGUGGGUAUCGGUCUUUUUUAAAGAGAAGCAUUAUUCAGAUUGCAUCAUGGGUUAAUUCAAUUUAACCACUAUUGCACAACAGAGCUGUUAUCACCUGUAUGUAAAAUAUCAAAAAGGACUUCCGCCUCCAUUGAGUUGCAUCCACCUUCAUGUGUCAUUUCAAAGUUUACCGAUAAAUAACAUCUAAAAGUUGACAGAGCAGAGCUAUCACAGGUAGCUUGUGCUCUGUAGAUUAAAUUAGUGAUGUUCUCCAUCAUAGUAAAUAGUCUAAGUACAUACAGUCAAAGUCACAAAACUCUGGGAAAAACCCCUAUACCCCUCUCAAAUUCUCCUGGAAUUGCUGGAAAAACUAAAUUCUUAAAUUGUCUUGCACUCACACUUAAAACCGGCAUUAUUUAGAUCCAUAACUAUUAGCUUGUCCUUUUGUUCUCCUGUCCUCUCCCUAAGGAACUUCUAACCUGCACUCAUGGUUGGUCAUUUAAUCUUAUCACACGAUGUUAUUAACCUGCAUACACAGAAAGUUAGACAUCGACAACGAUAAUGCAGUGGAAGUUAGAAGUCGUACUAGCAACAGAGAAAAUCUGAUUUUUCUAAACUCCGUGUUUUCUCCAACUUCACACUUAAUAUUGCACAAGUGCAACAAAAAGGGAUUCAAACUUAGACGUAAAACAUGAAUUAAAAUCUUGUUCAAGGUAAUUUGAGGGAAAAUAAGAUGGAUAUAACAUGGGAUUUGCCAAUACUGCAAUUUUAUAUCCACCUUAAGUGGUGCAAAGACGUUGACAGAAAGACAUAAAUGUUGGAAUCAUUUUCAAGCUUCAUGUGUGCCAGAGGGAUUUUUCUGUCCUUGAUUGCAAUGACAUGUUAAUUCCUACAUCUAUUUGUCAAAACGACUUUAAAUAGUUGACGUUUAGCCGAGGACAUCUGACUUGUCCUGUGAGAUGACGGAGAUUUGGAAACGUGCCGGGACGAAUUGGCUGUUUAGGAAAUGAAAUGAGUCUUAUGUAGGAGGGUGAUUCACUGUGACUGACAGAGGGAAGACUGAUUCAUUGAUAAGUGGAGACGUAUUUAUGAAGACGUCUGUCAGGAGAGCGGAAUUAAGUGGGUAGUUUAUGAAAAAGGAGAAAUUUCUUGGAUUUAGCCUGUUCAUAGCAGCUUAAUCCUAUAUGGACGGCUGCAGGGGGGGACGAGACAUUUGGCUUUCUGUGCGUCAGUCUUUCGGCAGAGAAAAGCUUUUUUCAUAAAGCGGAAUCAACAAUGGGCACUUCAGGACAGAAACAAAGCAGCAAACAAACUGAGAGAGCGCGUCACCAUACCCGUCUUUGUCUCUUUCUCUGAAUUUGAGGUCAGAUACGACAACGUGUCAAAGAUAAAAUAGAUUCAGUCACCGUCUAAGCCCUCCAGUUUUCCCUUUCAGAAUCCACAAAAUGAUAAUAAGUGAUAAAUUGAUGGACUUAAUUAACAUCACCCAACAAAAAAUGUAUUUCUGUUACAGAAUGGGAAAAAAUAAUUUAGGAAGUUGUAAUAUAUCGAUGUUUUUGUCCUUUCAGAUUGAUAGACAAGUUGAUAUUUUGUGACAAAAAGACAUAAAGGUAGAUUAUAUUUUGUCAAUGACAGAGUUAUUAACAUCUGUGUAGCACAUGCUGGUGUAUUUUAAAUCACCUGAGAUUAUAAAAUGAGCAAUUAGCAAUAUUUUUCAUCGUCAAGGGUCUUGCCCUGCCCUUCCCCCAAAAGCCUUGACAGUAAAGAAAGCAAAAUAUUUUCAUGUUUUCAUUUGGACAUGCUCAAAUUGGGUCUGCAAGGCUUUGGCCCAACAGCAGCAGUUAAAUGAUUGUUAGAGCUGGUGCCGUGUUUAUAUAAAUGACAAAUCAACACUUUGAGAAAAUAUCCCAUCACUCAUUCCCAAUCUCAUCUUUUUAUUGUUUACUGCUUUUCCAAAAUCCUGUUUCAACAAUGAAGAAUGCGCCCCUUUGUUGAGGCAGGAUGCUCCUCAAAUAACUGGAACACAAAAUAUAACAUAGUAGUCAGAUUGUAAUAGCAAGAUUUCUCCUUCUUUCUUACAAAGUGCACUUGUUUUUUUGUUUCUUUCUGCCGUCACUGUACGCUUGGCAAGUUUCACAAAUGUGUUGUUACAUACCACAUGUAGGAAAAGUUGGAAAGACACCAGAGAGUUGAAUGUGACUCGAGUGAAGACGCAGUGACAUCAGAUUGUAAUGAAACCAGAACUCCUCUAAGAAGAAUGUUCAAAUUGGACACACCAAGUUUUGGCGACUUCAUGUUGGAGGAAAGUGUUGCAUUCAGGUUUCUGUGAAAGUAUGGCAACCACUGAGCAGCAGGGAACCGGUCAACGGACUACUGUCUCCUUCACGGGUACCUUUAAGUCAACCAUCUCCAAUGUGAAGACCCGAGUCUUGUUGAUUGAUCCCUGUACCCUGUGUCAAUGCUGCAUCACAACAUGGACUUCAUUUUGGACAGAUCUUUGCUGCACCUCAUUAUAACAAAGCAAUGUCCUGACAUGGAAAGGUCGCCACUCAAGUCCAGUUUCAGCAAACUAACCGAUGGAUUGUUGUCCGGACUGCAACAAGCCUUGGCCUUCAGUUUAGAAACCAAUGUCCCAACAAUGAAUUCUAACAUCAAGGGAUAAAAAUGACCCAAGCUUUUGUUUUUUUAAAUCUUAGCGGUCAAAUUCACAUAUCAUGGAAUCUGGUUUUGAGCCAAUGUGGACUGAGGAAAGCUCCAGCUGAUUCUCUGGUGGGAUUUGUCUCAGACCUUGUAAGAAAUCGACGAGUGCUUCAGCUGAAUCCAGGCCAAUGUUGCAUCCAAUGACCGAGGCUUACGUUUUUUUCACAGAGGUUGAAGGACCUCCUGGAGAAAGCUCAAGGGUGAUACCGAUCCGUUGAUGUUGUGGUUGAUGGUGUUUUUUGUUUACCUUAACUAAUAGGGUUGUAUAUCUCCGUGGUUACAGAGUGCCAUUUCUACUUGACAACUGUUACUACUUAGCAUUAGAUAGAGCUGUUUCGCUCUGUGUGGAUGUGGACUUUUGACCAGAGUGACUGUGGAAAUGUCUCAAAUCUGUGUUUACCAAAUGCUUUGAAGCCCUGACAUCAGCCACAUGAAAGGAAACUCAGGUGGUUAUGUGACGUCUAGCGGUUCAUUGAGGAUUUUAUCCAAAUAUUCACCGAGCACCAGAAGAGUAUUGACACUGUCUGAAAUAAUUUCCAUCAAUAUUUUUACCAAUCUGGUAUACUCAUAAAGGGAACGCCGUCUAACUCCUGGAAGCUCAAACCUGCAAGUUUCUCUAAAGUUUCUUCAAUGAUUACAUCAAAGUAGCAGCAUUGGCAUCAACAGAAUAUCUAAGACUAGAAGAUCUUCCUUUAUUUGAGGCUGAUGUCGGAUAGGCCAAGCAUUUAUCUGCUUUUUCAGUUCAUUUUGAGAUAUCAAGACAAGUAUCUCUGUCACAUUCUGGUGGACAAAACACCCCAACAGAAGAUUCUCACAAAGUGGGUUCACAUUUUCAGGUUUUGGUUUGACCAAAAAAUUAACUCAAGUUAUUAUCCCAAAGCUUUAAACUUACGUUUCUGAUAAAGUCAUGUUUUAUUAAUCAACCUCUUGAGGAGUAGCUCUGCUAGCUGUCCAUAGAAGAAGGUCAUAGAUGCUUUUGGUGCAUAAAAGCCCAAGCAAUCUCAAAAUCGGGUCUCAUCUGCAAUUUUAGACUGACUAACCCCUAGCUGGUGGAGAUAUUGAGCCGUCAGUCCUCUAUUGGAAACCAAUCCUGAUUGAAAUGUGAACCCAGUCGAAGGUGUAGAAACUCUUGUUUGGACUCAUUUUUUUUACCGUUGAUCAACAUUCACUUGAGGAGCAGCUUCACCUGUCAUCAUAAAAAGUGUCAUGCUCUUACUGUAGGAGCCCUUUUCUGUCUACAGGAUGUUUUGUAUCUCCUCUCUUCUGUCUUUCCUGUUUGCAUGAGGUUUCUGUCGGAGGAGUCGAAGGAAGCACAGAAGAGAUCAGCCUCUCAAGUCCUCUAAUAUUACAAAGAUGGUAACAAUGCUAAUUCUAAGUAUCAAUACAUUAAUACUGAGUGUGUAUGUGUGGAUGUAUGUGUGUGAUUUAACUAAACCAGCCUGUUCUAAAAGUGUGUGAAGAUAUACUGAAUAAAACUGUAAAAACCUA